CGCGAAACGCAACGGGGGUUCGCAGCAGCGACGGAGCCAGCCGUGCACCACCAGAGAGAAGCCGGGCUCGGCGGGCCGCGCAUACUCUUCCGCCGGGGAAUAAUCACUCCCGUGAUCGAGUCGCGCAGGGAUCCGCGUUCGCUCCACGUAACGCUCAGCCCGACGACCCCCGACCGCGGCGUAUUAUGUAAGGGGGAUGUUGCCGCCGUCGUCGCUCUCUUACGCUACCCUUUCACACGCGCGCCGUACUGGCUGUUGCUACUGCUGCUGCUGCUGCUGCUGCUGCUGAAGAGGAGAAAGAGAGAGAGAGCGAGAGGCCGAGCGGAGAGGUGCCUCUCCGACGACAUGCGAAGAGACGCGUCCGACGCGACGACGACGGACGACGAGCGAGGAUCGCAGACAGCCCUGGUGAGACACGUCGACGGCGACGAGCGACCGAAGCAUCCAUGGAACUGAAAAUCCUCCUGUGGGUUCACAUCGUGGGAAUUUGUUCGGGUCUGAGAGGAGUGCGCAUCCAGAUACCGACGGCCGUGAAGAAGGGCGAGUCGGCGACGCUGAAAUGUUGGUACGACACCGAGGGCGACCCAUUGUACGCCGUCAAAUGGUACAAGGGGGGUCGAGAGUUUUAUCGCUAUGCCCCAAACGAGAGUCCGCCCGUCAAGACCUUCCCCAUCGGGAACCUGACGGUGAAGAAAACGGAGAGCAACGCGACGCAGGUCGUGCUGACGAAGUUGGAAUUGGAGGCGGCGGGCGCGUACAGCUGCGAGGUAUCAGCCGACGCGCCUUCCUUCCACACGGCUAUGGUUGACGCGGCGUUGAACGUCGUCGAAUUGCCCUCUGAGUUGCCGUCGAUACAGGGACUAAAGAGGAAAUACCACGUCAACGAUCCGCUACGUUUGAACUGCACAUCCGGCCGGAGCAAGCCAGCCGCGAAUCUCACUUGGUAUAUCAACGAUCGACAGCCUCUCAAAUCGCACGUCCGCACGUACAGCCCGCUCGACACGAACGAGUCGGAGUGGCAGAUUUCGCAAAUUGGACUCCAGUUCCUGGUUACGCACGAUCACUUCGUCAACGGCAAGCUGAAGAUACGUUGCAGCGCGUCGAUAUACGACAUUUAUUGGCAGAGCACGGAAGUCAGCACCGAGGAGGAUCGGCCGCGGGUGAUACACUACGAGCCCGCCGCGACUAUCGUCGGCAUCAACUACCUCCAGCCACCGCCAAAUUUUCAGACCGGCCAGAAGAAGCCCGACGGGCAGGUUGGAGUGAAAGUGCUGGGGUCGUCCACUGGGGUGAGCCUGCUGCGGCCGUCGGCGAGGAUCAUUUUGGAAUUGUUUGCGCUUCUUCUAAUCGUCAUUCGUUAAAGGCAUAUAUAGUGCAUUGGUUCGAGAAACGCGCUUUGGAACACUUUGCGUACGUGUUUGUAAGAGGACGAGGAGCAGGAGGAGGAGGAGAAGAAGAAGGAAGAGAAGGAGGUGGAGGAGGGCUCGAGAGGCGCUUUGUGCGAGGAUGACGUUUCCUCUAUGGGAUCGCCUCGGAUCACCACGCAACAGCAAUAUACAACCGGAGCGAAUACAGAGGGAGCUCCUUGGGUCACGUCACAGCGAUGAAACUCUGAAAGGCCUUGUUCGAAUUGCCGGAGGAAUGGAAGUGACGGGGACGCGCGAGACCGAGGAUUCGAUUGGUUUCGGAGGGCAGAAAAGGCCGAAAAAAUAAUCGUGGACGUGGCGGGCGAGCCCCCCGCCCCGCGCGCGCGAAAUGAUUUAUCCGACGUUCACUCGUCCCGACGAUCAACGAAUGUCCAAAAAGCACUACAGCGACGAACAGACACGCGGCUGGAUAUAUAUACUCGCGAUAUAUAUAUAUUCGGGAGUUAUUUUACUAUUAUUAGACCAUAUACUCUUUGCUUCCUUCCAGCGGGGAUAAUGUGUUUGCAAUGUGUAGGUAUACGUAUACAUAUAUAGUACGUUUCGUCGCAUCAUACGAGAAGAUAGUUUUUUUUUCGUACUUUUAUAACUCAGAAAGAGACUAUAACGUAGCAUGAAUGUACGUGCGUAUUCCUCGACAGCGUAAUAACACUCAUACACGUGGAUACAGACACACAUAUACGGAAGUAUAAACAAAUGUGCAUGUACACGACAGAUAUGAGUAGGGUAAAAUCACUCGAUGCAGACCAGCGUACAUACACAUGAUACAUACAUUCACACAGUCUCUCACACACACAUACACAUACACUGUCGUCACACUUUUUCUCUGUACGAAUAACUGAUAAGUAUAAAAGUGUUCGCGAAAAUACAUAUUGCGGCCCGCCUAAGUAUUUUACAGUGUGCGAGAUGAUGUACCUGAAUCGGAUAUUGGCGCGAACUUCUUUUUUUUGUGUUGCUAUUUAGGGACUAUGUAUUAUAUAUAUUAUAUAAUAAGUGAGGAAAAGAUGUGCUAUAUAUAUAUCGAGUUACAUGGUAACGACACAACUUUGUGUAUCUCGGUCAUUCCAUUUCGUAUUAAAGCGUAAUUAAUUUAUUGAUGAGGCUGAUUUAAUUGAUGUACAGUACGAUUUAUGGAGUUUAUUAUAAAUUCAUUAAGUAUAUU